UAUUAUUAUUUUCUCGCAACAACGCAAAAACAAAUCCCUCGUUUUUCCGUUCUUUCCCCAAAAAAAAAAUCUGACCUUUUUUCCUAUUCCUCCUCAAUCCCCUGGCAUCUUCUUUUCAUCUCCUUCCCCAGAUCUGUUCGAUCGAGUUAGUUUCGCUUCUUAAUCUCCUCUGCGCUCGCCCAUUCCCCAAGAUCCCUACCAUUCUCUUCCAAUUUACAGGAUCUCGGUAGCUCGAAGCGGAGAUACUGGUCUUGUGGAGGCGGGGGAAAUCAGGUGGCGGAGUUGCGACCUUCGGAUUCGACGGAGAAGGCUUCUUGCGGUGCUCGGAGUUGUGUUUUCUCAUCGGGUCCCGGAAAAGAGAGUCUUUAUGUAACCGGAAGGAAUGCGCUCCUGUCGUGCGAGCUCGAUCGCGUUUGGUCCCACAGGUUCUGAGAGAAUCGUGGGUCGAUUGGAGCAGGAGCGUCGACGUUGAUGAGGAUUUGGUGCUGCGAGGAGGGAGUGAUCACAACUUCGCCAUGGUUUUCACCAGGCUCGAUGACUCUCCGAUGUUUCGUAAGCAGAUUCAAUCACUUGAAGAAAGUGCAGAAUUACUAAGGGAGAGAUGUCUUAAAUUUUAUAAAGGCUGUCACAAGUACACAGAAGGACUUGGAGAGGGAUAUGAUGGGGACAUUGCUUUCGCGAGCUCUCUUGAAAUGUUUGGAGGAGGCCAUAAUGACCCCAUUAGUGUUGCUUUUGGAGGACCUGUUAUGAACAAAUUUACAAUUGCUUUGAGAGAAAUAGGAACCUACAAAGAGGUUUUACGUUCGCAGGUUGAGCACAUGCUGAAUGACAGAUUGCUUCAAUUUGUAGACAUAGAUUUACAUGAUGUUAAGGACGCUCAUAAACGGUUUGAUAAGGCUAGCCUUUUAUAUGACCAGGCACGUGAUAAGUAUCUGUCUCUGAAGAAAGGCACAAGAGCGGACAUAGCAACAGUCAUAGAGGAGGAGCUCCAUAGUGCAAGAUCAUCAUUUGAACAAUCUCGUUUUGAUCUGGUCACUGCUCUUUCUAACAUUGAGGCGAAAAAGAGAUUUGAAUUUUUGGAGGCUGUUAGUGGAACAAUGGAUGCCCAUCUUCGUUAUUUUAAACAAGGAUACGAGCUGCUGCAUCAGAUGGAGCCAUACAUCCAUCAGGUUCUUACUUAUGCACAGCAAUCAAGGGAAAGAUCUAACUAUGAACAAGCAGCUCUUACAGAGAGGAUGCAAGAGUUCAAAAGACAGAUUGACCGAGAAAGUAGAUGGUCUGCAAAUGAGUCACAUGAUUCUCCUAAUGGAGAUGGUAUACAAGCUAUCGGAAGAAGUUCUCAUAAGAUGAUAGAGGCAGUGAUGCAGUCAGCUGCAAAAGGAAAGGUUCAGACCAUUAGACAAGGUUAUCUCUCAAAACGCUCAUCAAACUUGAGAGGUGAUUGGAAGAGAAGGUUCUUUGUUCUUGAUAGUCGAGGCAUGCUGUACUAUUAUCGUAAGCAAUGGAGUAGAUCAUCAGGAGGUCAGCAUUCUAAUCAGAGAGGUCAUAAUUCCAUGGAACAUGGUUCUGGACUGCUGAGUCGAUGGUUCUCUUCUCAUUAUCAUGGUGGAGUACAUGAUGAUAAAUCUGUUGCACGCCAUACUGUAAAUUUGCUGACAUCAACAAUAAAAGUUGACGCAGACCAAUCCGAUCUGCGUUUCUGCUUCAGGAUUAUUUCGCCAACAAGGAAUUAUACAUUGCAGGCAGAGAGUGCCCUGGAUCAGAUGGAUUGGAUUGAAAAAAUAACUGGUGUUAUUGCUUCUCUGUUGAGCUCUCAGUCACCUGAACAGCGUCUCCUUACAAGUCCUGGGAGUGGAGGCCUCCAUCGGGCAGCCAGUGAAAGUAGCUCAUUGGGCAGUUCAUCUGAUCUUGAUCAAUUAGCAAAUGAAGAAUCUUCAUUGGAAAAGAACAGUGUUAGUGGGCAUUUUGACCGAUCUAUCAGAAGUUCACAACAUUAUAGAUUCAACUCGAAGCAUGAGAAACCAAUUGAUGUGCUACGAAAAGUACGCGGAAAUGACAUAUGUGCUGACUGUGGUGCUCUGGAACCUGAUUGGGCAUCCCUGAACCUUGGAGUUCUUCUUUGUAUUGAGUGUUCAGGUGUUCACCGUAAUCUUGGUGUGCAUAUAUCAAAGGUAAGAUCUCUAACACUUGAUGUUAGAGUAUGGGAGGCUUCAGUUAUCAAUCUAUUUCAAUCAUUGGGUAACACAUUUGCCAACUCUAUCUGGGAGGAAUUGUUCCCGUCAACAAGUAAUGAAAAUUUGGGGGAUGUCUCGAGUUUCUGUAUGGAUGACAAGAAUCAAGAACAUAUCUGUGUCAGCAAGCCUAAGCAUUCUGAUCCAAUUACAGGGAAGGAAAAGUUCAUUCAAGCAAAGUAUGCGGAGAAGUUUUUUGUUCAUAAGACAACCGCAGAUCAGCUCUCAGUGGCACAACAGAUGUGGGACAGUGUCCGUGUCAAUGACAAGAAAGCAGUAUACCACCACAUUGUGGCUUCAGAUGCUGACGUCAAUAUCAUUUAUGGACAGGCAUCUGUAAACUCUUCUUUAACUCUUGCAAAAGCUAUGCUUCUGCAGGAUCAACCAACUGCAGUGCUUGAUCGCAGCUCUAGCUGCUUGUUAGGUGAUUCCUUGCAAAUGUCUUCUACCGUGGGCUCUCGUAGCUCAGUGAGCACCAGUGAUGACAGAAAUGAAUUGGAAGAAUUUCUUGAAGGCUUCACUCUACUUCAUCUUGCUUGCCUAACUGCAGAUAUGGGCAUGGUAGAGCUUCUCUUGCAGUAUGGUGCAAAUGUAAAUUCUACUGAUUUGAGGGGAAGGACACCGCUUCACCAUUGUAUUCUUAGAGGCAGACAUUUAUUCGCCAAACUACUGCUGACAAGGGGAGCUGAUCCACAUGCUACUGAUGAAGAUGGUAAAACUGCCCUACAGUAUGCGAUAGAGGCUGCCAACACUGAUGAUGAAGAGAUUCUUUUCCUGUUGGAGGACCCUAAUCCUAAUAGAUAGUUAAAAUCAAAGGUGUUGAGCAGUUGGGAACUGCAAUUACAGAUCGCUCACUAUGAUCCAGCUAAAGCAUAUACCACACCACGUCAGAUGGGUUAUUGAUCAAACCCUAAACCCUGCGAUCACUAAAUUAAUCACAUGCUCAUCUCUCUUCCGGGUCUUGAUAGCGGGACUUCUAUACGCCCUCGUGUGUUUGUAUUUAUUCGGUUUGGUGGUGCUCGCAGUUAAACGAGUGCAACCAACACCAGUUCAAUAUGUUUUUCUUAUUUCAUCUUUUGACUUAUUUAUUGGUCAACCUUUAUUAGAUAUCGGUUCAGUAAUGGAAGUUGUAUAUAGAUCUGUUCUGUGAAAAGUUUGUAGUUUGAGUGGAGGUGCAAUAUUUGCUGUAAUUUGGAGAGUUCUUUUUGUGCAAGUGCAUGUUCUCUAUAACAUGGACCAUAACAAACCUCGAAUUUGUUGUCGCCUAAUUAAUCAUGAAAUUUGUUCUGAGAGGAGUUUGGAAGAGCUUCAA